GCCGCAGGCGCCGCCUAGAGAUAGCGAGCAGUCCACGUCGAAGGAGCAAAAUUGACGACAGCAGCACUCGUGAUGCUCAAUGACUAAGAACAACCUCCGCGAGCAGCUUGGAUGGUUGCUACAGGAGAAACCGUGUAUUCCCAAACAUUCGCCUUCGCUACCGCCAGCACCGACAUCCUUUGGACCUUCAUCGCAGACACAGCUUUCGCAAAGCAUACCUAGGAAUGCCAAUCCACUACCGACACCAUCAGCGAAUUCAGCGGCGCGUCCAGCUGUCAAAAAUACUGCAACAGAGCGAGAAACAACGAAUCCACCCCCGCGUGGCGAGCCCAGUGCGAACAUGGCAAGGUUGAGAGCCGCUGCCUCUUCCUCUCCUACCAAGCCUGUUCCAAUCGCCUUGCCAGAAAGAUCUUCCCAAUCCUCGACGAGACCGGCCGCUCCAAACUUCACGAGGAGCAUCAGCACGUACGCUCAGUCACCAGCUCCGCGAAACGCCGUGCCUGCCAUUAGCAUGGCCCGCACCAUGCCCGCAUUGCCCUCGAAGGUCGAUACUCUCGAUCUGACAGAAGACCCUUUGCCCACGCCGAGUCGACUCUUGUCGCGAUUGACAGGCCAGAAGAGAAAGAGUGAUGAACACAGGUCCGACACAUUUACCCGGUCAACCUCGAAAGCUCCUCGUCUAGACACAAUCCAGCAAUCCGAGGAUGAUGAUGACGACAGCUUCAUGUCAAUCGAUGAUCUUGUAGACGAUGAACCGAUCGGUCCACCUCCUCCAUACUCCACCGUCGCUCAAUCACCCGCUAAGCGCCCUGUGCAAGCGCCCGUCCCAUCUUCCAGUUCUACCAUUGGCCCUCCACCUCAAGAACGACGAGUCAAGCGUCAGAUUUUGGACAGCGAAGACGAAGACAUGGGAGACGUCCACGAGAACAUGCCCGAGCCACAUCUGCCAUCUCAUUUGAAGCCGAAGCAACCUUCAACGUCACCACGGAAACCACUACGAACACCCGCGCUGAGUCGCGUUGUCGAGUCUCCGGCUUUUGCAUCACAAUCUCCUGGUCUCGCUCCGCUUUCUUCAAGCGAAGACGCUCUGAUCAACAAGUUCCUGUCAUGGACGCAAGAAGACUUCGAGUCAAAGUUGGCCGAGGCCGACGACCGUCAUGCUCAAGCUACCGACAACUACAUGGCUGCUAUGGAAUCCCUCGACCUCGACGAAGUUCCGGCCGAUGUAUCUGAAGCAUACGAACAGGCAGGCGCGAUCGAAGAAACACUCAAGAGUUUGAAGAACUUCAAGGACCAACUUGACUCGCUGGACUUUGAGAUGAAGAACAUGUCGGGCCUUGUGAGGAAAGCCCUACUCGCCAGACAAAAGCCGACCAAAGAACAACAGGAAAUGAAGCAACUCAAACAGCGCAUUCGUGAUACACAUACCGAUAUCCUACCUCUUCUCCAAAGUCUCGAGUCUGCUGGUCUAAUGUCUACCUUCAAACGACCAGCUCCUGUCACUGUUAAAUCAACUCAGGCUGCGCCCAGAGCAAAGACUGAGGUUCUGAGAAGCCCUGGUCCUGAGCGAAUUGACCAAACCCAACUUCCUCGUGGCAGAAACACAGACGCAUUCACCGGUGUCGAGGACACCCCGCCUAAGCCAGCGAGGAGAAUCAAGCCCGAAUCAGAGGUGGAAGAUCCUAGCGUGAUGGAGAUCAGCCCACCUCGUCACUUUCCAACAAGAAAUGCCUACGCUUACAAUGGCCAUAACCCUCCUCUGUCCCCUUCCAAGCCGAAGAACAUCACCUCUGUGAGCCGCCAGAACUCAGACAAGCCAGCGGUUGCAAACAGAGAUUUUGUAACCUCUCAUAGACACAGUGAUAAGGAGAACUACGGCGUGCCUGAUGAGUUCGACGAGUUCGAGGAAGAAGAUGAAAGUCUGUUCAGCAACAUCAUGGGCACUCCUCCUGCGCAAGCUGCCGACGAAGAAGACUUUGAUGAUGAGUUUGGUGAUGAUGAGGACCUGAUAAAAAUCGCAACCGAAUUCGAGGACCAUUUAACCUUCCAUGGCUCAUCCCGUCCUUCCAACAACUUCCCAACAUCCAACCAGGUCUCAAAUACCACCAAAUCGCGUCCAAAGAAGGCUACCCCUGUGAAGCGACCCAAGACACUCGACGAGGAGCUUGGAGACUUCCCAUGGACUAAAUCAGUCAAGUCUGCUCUAAUAAAGGUGUUCAAGCUACAAGGAUUCCGCCUCAAUCAAGCCAAUGCUAUCAAUGCAACACUCGCUGGUAGACACGUCUUCGUGCUCAUGCCAACAGGAGGUGGUAAAUCUCUUUGCUAUCAGUUACCUGCGAUCGUCAAGAAAGGAAAGACAUCUGGCGUUACGGUUGUGGUGUCUCCACUGCUCAGUCUGAUGGAGGAUCAAGUCUCACACUUGAGAGCAAACCAGAUCCAGGCGUUUGCGCUCACUGGUAGCACGACGAUGGAUGAACGUAGAGAGAUAACAAGCACCUUCACCAGGCCGAAUGUCCAGGACUUCGUUCAGUUGCUCUACGUCACACCAGAAAUGCUGAACAAGAGUGGUAUGAUGAAGACAGCCUUCAAGGAUCUUCACCGAAGAGGAAAGCUUGCAAGAAUUGUCAUUGACGAGGCUCACUGCGUCAGUCAAUGGGGACAUGAUUUCCGUCCAGAUUACAAAGAGCUUGGUAUGGUCUUGACCGAAUACCCUGGCGUGCCUAUCAUGGCUCUCACAGCCACAGCCACUGAGAAUGUCAAGGUCGACACCAUCGGCAACCUGGGUAUCAAUGGAUGUGAAGUCUUCUCCCAAAGCUUCAACCGCCCAAACCUCCGGUACAAUGUUGAGACCAAGCCCAAGAAGUCAGUGCUGCUCGACAGAAUCCAGGAGAUCAUCGAGGGCGACCACAAAAACAAAUGUGGCAUCAUUUAUUGCCUUUCCAGGAAGCAGUGUGAGGAUGUUGCUGAAGAACUCUGCAAACGCCGAAUCCAGGCCCACCAUUACCAUGCGGGCAUGGAACCUGAGCAAAAGAGCCAGGUCCAGAGGGACUGGCAGAGAGGAGAUAUCAAAGUGAUCGUGGCAACCAUAGCUUUUGGAAUGGGUAUCGACAAGCCGGAUGUCCGCUUCGUCAUUCACCACACCAUCCCCAAAAGUCUUGAGGGCUACUACCAGGAGACCGGUCGUGCUGGACGUGACGGUGCUUCGUCAGAUUGCUAUCUAUUCUACGGCACGCAUGACCUGUUUACGCUGCGAAAGAUGAUCGACGAUAACGAGAGUGGUAGCAAAGAACAAAAGGAUCGUCAACACGACAUGCUCCGGAGGGUCGCCCAAUUCUGUCUGAACAAGACCGACUGUCGUCGUGUCCAGGUCCUAGCUUACUUCGCCGAGAACUUCUCGAAAGAAGACUGCAACAACAAAUGCGACAAUUGCAACGCGACAGAAGAAUUGGUUGAAGAGGAUUAUACCGACCUCGGCCUUGCUGCUGUUAGCCUCGUCAAGGAAAUAGCGUCGAGUCGCAACGUGACUCUUCACCAGUGUCUCGAUCUCUUCCGAGGCACUGGUCGUAACAUCAACCCCGAAGACAAAGAAGCUGAGAACUUUGGUGCAGGUAAACACCUUGAUCGAGAGAAUAUUGAUCGUCUGUUUGGCCUUCUCAUAGCCGAGGAUGUCAUCCGUGAGUUUUCGGUCUUCAACAAGAUGAAGUUUGCCAACCAAUACGUUGGUCUCGGCCCGAAGAGACAUAUGUUUGGACGUGGACCUGGCAAACAGAGGCUGAUGCUACAUGUCUCAGCAGCAGGCGGCAAAGCCAAGAAGCGCAAGCUGCAGGCCACUAAUGGUACUGGUGUCAAAGCCUCUAAGGCGGCAAAGAAAAAGCAACAGUACCCCUCCACGAACAUCUCAUCACCAGACCAAGCAGGACCAAGCCGUAAGCGUGGCGGUAUGACUCACAAUGGCUAUGAGCGGGACACAUGUAUUGUUGAUGAUCCCGAUGAGGAUGAGGACUAUGCUGAAUCCGAUGACGAUGAUACCUUUGAGCCUCUUCGAACAGGCUCAAAGGCCCAUUCUCGCAACCAAAGGGAACUAGGUCCUCCAAUUACCAACGACGAAGCCAUGGACAGCCUGGAAGACGUUCACCAGGAUGUGCUCGCAAUGUUCGUUGAACAAGCCAAAGAGCAGAUACACGAGCUUAUGAAGAAGAAAAAAUUGCGUCAACAACCCUUCUCUGACACCAUGCUACGAGAGAUGGCUGUAGUCUUUCCCAAAAAUCUAGAAGCCAUGAAAAAGAUCAGAGGGAUCGACCCUAGCAAGGUCGAUUGUCAUGGCAUGAAUCUGCUGCCCCUGAUCGCACACUACAAGAAACAGCUAGACUCGAUGAUGCAGGGUCCCGAGGACGUUCCAUACGAUCCGAAUCAUGCCACCGUCAUCUACAUCAAUAGUGACGAAGAUAAUGAUGAUGAUGACGAUGAAUUCGCAUACGACGGAGGAUUCAGCUCCGAGCCCGAAGCUGGAAGUCAAGAGAAACAAUCCGCGUGGUUCAAGCCCAAUCGCGAGGUCGAGGCUUUCAAUGCCAGGUUCACGCAAUCACAAGCAGCACCUCGAGCAUCUGUACCUCCAGUAAACAAGCGUGCUCGACCCGAGAGCGGAAGUGGUAACAAAUGGGGUGGCAAGAAGUCCGCUGCUCGUAGAUCGAGUUAUCCCCAAAAGGCUGGCGCUGGCGGAGGAGCGGCCAAGAAACGCGCACCAGCCGCGAAGAAACAGGGUAGUAUUGCUACCAAGUACGCGUACAAUGGUGGUGCUGGCGGAGGAGGUUCUUCCAAGAAGGGAGGAGGUGGCGGUGGCACUUCUAGUGGAAUUGGCAUGAUGCCGCUUUGAGUGCAUGUUUCGUAUCUGUCAUUGCUUUCUUUACUGCACUGAGCUGGUGUAUUGGGGUUGGAGCUGGGGUUCUCUGGUAUUGCUUUACUUCUUGCUCCUGCAUCUUCUAGGUGUUUUGCUUCGGGAGCGACUUCUGGCUACUAUUGCCUUACAUAUUAUACAUUCAUGAGGUCACGAUAUGAGAAUUACACAGAAUGCAUUCUAGAUCGAACAGUC